GAAAGAGGCAAGGGUGGGACGCCGGGGAUGGAGUGCAUGAAAUUACCAAUAUUUGGACAUUGUAAUUUCAAACCGAUUAUCGCUGGUGUGAACGAACGAAUUCCAGACUGCGCUGUAAAUGUCCGAGAAACCGAGAGCCCAGUAUGAGGAAAGCAACCAGGCCAGUGGCAGGUGUCUCCAAAGCCACAGCCGCAGUCACCAAGGCCCAGACCGUUGAGAAAGUCAAGCCUGAGGGCGCCGCCACCACCAUGGGCACAGCCGGCAAGAAUACAGCCAAGACCUCUGCCACCGCGCCACUGUCUAAGGCGAAGAGCAAUGAUGACCUGCCAUCAGUAACAACAGUAGGCAGUGGAGCCUCUGCUGGGAGCAGCACUAUUCCCAAGGUGAAGAAGACUAGCUCGGUCCACUCUUCAAACUCCUCCACUACAGGUACCAGCAACCCAGAGGGCAAGACAAAGACCAACUCAGGCAAGCGUGGGACCUCCUCCGUGGUAAAGGAGCUUGGUUCAUCCCGGGAGGGACUGCGGGAACGCUCCAGAACUUGCACCACCAGCAGGAAGCUCUCCGGAUCCUCCGAUGCCUUGUCACCGCCCAAGAGAGUCCGUUGCCGGACUUUGACUGAGUCUGAGUCCCGUAUGAGCAAGUCCAAGUCGAACGGGCAGCUCAGCAAUAAGACGGUCCUGGAGAGCAGGGUGAAGGACCUGCUGGGCCUGGCCAAGAGCAAAGACGUGGAGAUCCUCCACCUGCGCACAGAGCUCCGGGGCAUCCGUGUCCAGCUAGGCCUGCCCGAGGAGGAGGAAGAGGAUGGGGGGAGCAGAGCCAGAGAGGAAGGCGAGGGAGAGGAGACUGCUGAGGCUAAGCCUCCACAGGACCUGGAGAAAGAAGCCCCUACUCCGCUCAUCUCUGCAGACGUGGAAUCCACCCUGCUCUUGCUACAGGACCAGAACCAGGGGAUCCGCGGAGAGCUGAACAUGCUGAAGAGUGAGAACCGCAUGUUGAAGGACCGGCUCAACGCCCUGGGUUUCUCCCUGGAGCAGAGGCUGGACAGCCCCCUAAAGACCCUGCAAGGCCCCUGCCUUAGCUCGGAUCCUCCCCCAGCCCGCGAUGGCAGUGAUGGAGAUGGAGGGUGCCCACGGGCCUCUUUAUUACAGGGGGUCUCCCCACACAGCUCUGCCUGCGGCUCUACUGAAGACCUUCUUGACCCCCGGUGUGCCAUCUCCCCUGAGGCGGCUGACAGCGAAUGCAGCGAAGCCUACCAGCCAAUCACCUCCAGCGAUGAUGCCCUGGAUGCCCCCUCUGGUUCUGCCUCUGCCUACGGCUCCUCCUCCGAGUCAGAGGGCGGGCCACCGACUCACGGCGAGUGCUCCCGAAGAGGCAGCAGCGGCAACACCAGCGAGGUGUCGGUGGCCUGUCUAACGGAGCGCAUUCACCAGAUGGAGGAGAACCAGCACUGCACCUCUGAGGAGCUCCAGGCCACACUACAGGAGUUGGCGGACCUGCAGCAGAUCACCCAGGAACUAAGUACAGAGAACGAGCGACUGGGCGAGGAGCGGACCAUCCUGGUGGAUUCCCUGUGCCAGCAGGGUGACCGGCUGGAGCUUUACUGCCGGCAGAUGGACUACUUCCGGGGCCUGCUGGAUGAGCACCGCGUGGCGUACGCCCCGGCCGACGAGGAGGACACUAAGAGCGGCCGCUACCUGGAACUGGAGCGCCGCUAUGUGGACCUGACGCAGGGCGCCCACUUCGAGAGGGAGCAGCUGCUGGGGGUGCAGCAGCACCUGAGUGGGGCGCUGAAAAUGGCCGAGCAGGACAACGCCGAGGCCCAGGGCCUCAUCUCAGCGCUGAAGGAGCGGGUGCACAUGGCAGAGCGGCAGGCUGAUAUGGAGCGCAGGGAAAGAGCGAUGGCGGCCGCGGAGCUGGAGGCCAUGAGGGAGGCGGCUGGGGGGGAGCAGGCGGAGCUGGCUCGGUGCAGAGUCCAGCUGGAGCAGGAGAGGCAGAGGGUGGCUGAGCUCUACUCCAUCCACAACGCCGGGGACAAGACGGACAUCCGCCACCUGCUGGAGAGCGAGAGGAGGGACAAGGAGAGGGCAGAGGCUGAGUCUGUUCAGCUGCAGGAGGACCUGGACCACACCCACGACGAGGCCGCCAGGCUACAGGACGGCAUCCGCAAGCUGGAGGAGGACUUCCGUGCGUUCCGUGGCGAGGUGCAGAAGCAGUUGGCUGAGCAGAAGCGGGCCCUGGCCCAGCAGUGUUCUGAGCUGGAGGAAAGGGACACAGAGGUCUCUGACAUGAAGGAGACCAUUUUUGAGCUGGAGGACGAGGUGGAGCAACACCGAGCCCUCAAACUCCACGACAACCUCAUGAUCACAGACCUGGAGAACUCCGUCAAAAAACUACAGGACCAAAAACAUGACAUGGAGCGUGAGAUCAAGAUUCUGCAUCGAAAGCUACGGGAGGAGUCUAUGGAGUGGCGUCAGUUCCAGGCCGACCUGCAGACGGCGGUGGUCAUCGCCAACGACAUCAAGUCCGAGGCUCAGGAGGAGAUCGGGGACCUGCGGCGCCGCCUACUGGACACACAGGAGAAGAACGAGAAGAUGAGCAAAGAGCUGGAGGAGCUCAAGAAGCAGGAUGAAGAGAGGGGCAGGGUGUAUAACUACAUGAAUGCAGUUGAGAGGGACCUAGCUGCCCUGAGGCAGGGCAUGGGUCUCAGCCGACUCUCCUCUACCUCCUCUGAGCCCUCUCCAACCGUUAAGACCCUCAUCAAAAACUUUGACAACGCCUCCACUGCAGGCCCAGUCCCAACCUCCCCCACAGCAGCCGUGCCAGCAGUUACCACGAUGGUUGCCCGUACACCCCUCAGCCCCAGUCCUCUGAAAACCCCACCCGCUGCUGCUAUCUCUCCCAUACAGAGGCACACUGCGUCAACCCCCAAACCCCUGUCCUCCAUGGUGGAUAAAAGGUCCAGCUACACAGACCUCAAUAUGCCAGCAGAUCACCUGUUCCGGGCCUCCUCUGGGACCCGCACCCCCUCUGCCCUUCAGAGGGUCCCCAACAUGGACUCCUCCUCCAAGUCCCUCUCAGUGUCUCGCAGGAGCAGUGAGGAGCUGAAGAGAGACAUGUCUUCCUUAGAGAACACCUCCUCCCCCGCAGCCUCCUCCCCCACCGCCUCAGUCCCCCCUUCCACAAGGGGACGCUUACGGGAGGGGAGAAAAGACGCCCUGUCUGCACUGGCCAGGGAGUACGGGGGAUCCAAGAGGAACGCCCUGCUCAAGUGGUGCCAGAAGAAGACUGAAGGAUACCAGAACAUUGACAUCACCAACUUCAGCAGCAGCUGGAACGACGGGCUGGCCUUCUGUGCUGUUCUCCACACCUACCUGCCUGCCCACAUCCCCUACCUGGAGCUCUCCAGCCAGGACAAGAAGGAGAAUUUCACACUGGCUUUCCAGGCCGCGGAAAGUGUCGGGAUCAAGUCCACGUUGGACAUUGGAGAGAUGGUGUACACAGAGAGGCCUGACUGGCAGAGUGUGAUGACCUACGUCACGGCCAUCUACAAGUACUUUGAGACGUGACCCGUCUUCAAGCCUGAACACCUCGCUGCCCCGCACACCCCAGACCACAUUUCGAGCCAGGGCUGUCAUCACAACACUGGACAACCUUAGAGCAACAUCAGCUAAUGCUACCUGCAAAGACUUCUGGGACCCUGAGUUCUACAUUUUAAGCGCUAUCGCUUAACUCCAUCCAAUAUGUUCCAUGUGUACGCUGCAAUGUUCUACAAAUUCUUGGCUUGGGACGCUCAUGUGGUUUCUCAGCUAGACUGAAACCCUCGAAGACUAUGCUAUGGAUAGACCGAGGCCCUGGGUAUUGGACAAUGUGUUGACCAAGCCCCCAUCUGUCGUUCAACUUCCCUUGGAUCAGUGACUUCCUGUAUACUCAAGUCUUUUGACCUCUUGACUCCAGCCCUAUGUGAACUCUGCGCUGUCUGCAGUAGCCUAUAAUAACACCAUGAUCACCUCCAACACUACACUUCAAGUUAGGUAGUACAUGUUUAGCGAGCUGAAAAAUAAUGUGGGUAUGGCUUUUGGAUUUGGAAUACUGCAGAGAACAGGACAGCGUUUUAAAAAUUGUUUUGCCCAUUUUGUCCGAGCAAUGACUUUAAUGGUAAGUGUGCCUUACCUGAUAGAGGGUCCAGCUUAACUGUCACGGUAGGUGUUGUGUACUGUUUUAGCCCGAUGCUUUGCUGUGAUAUAGAUAUAUAUAUAUUCCAAAGAGAUAAUGUACAGGUUUGGCAGAUGAAGAUAUCUUGAUCUUCACAAUAAUCAGUGCCAUGUUAGUCUCUUGUUUGUCAUAAUUGGCCAAUACAAUAAGCAUUGACCAUUAGUAACAGAAGUCAAUUGCAUUGAAGUCUUUUACACCAUUUACAUUUUGUUAUUUUUCUCAGUCUAGCAGUCUGUUGUGUCAACUCUACGAAACUGAUGGUUGGCCAUCAUGGCCAGUCUCUGGGUGUAUAGUGAGGUCAGUUGCCCUGUAGCACACCAAUCCAUAAAUAGGCUGAACAACACAGGGAGCUGACCUGAUAAGCUAACAGUUUUGUCAUUACGGUAAAGGCACCCCUUACUGUUCCACAAAUCCUCACUGAUUUCAAAGCACAACGAGGGGAGGGGAGGCUCUUUACUCAAAUGGAAUGUGUUUAAACCUUCAUCAAUGCCAUGAAAAACACUUUGAAGGUUUCAAAGGGUGAUUCCUCAUGAAACCAGGACAAGAAAAUAGACUGAUUUUGGGGAUUUUCAUGACAUGUAAUCCAUAGAAUGGUCCUUUGGAGGAAUGAUUGUUGACAUACAUUUGGAAAGUAUUAAGACCCCUUCACUUUUUACACAUUUUGUUACGUUAC